AUGGCUAGGAUCAAGAAAGUAGAACACUUUCGAGUCAAGCCGCGAUGGCUCUUCGUGAAGGUCACCGACGAGGACGACCGCGUUGGCUGGGGAGAAGGGACUUUGGAAGGCCAUACUUUGGCAGUCGAAGGCGCACUGGAGGAGAUUAUUGUCCGAGUAGUUGGCCUAGAGGCAAAGUGAGCCAAUCCGGAUCUGUGAACAGAACGAUGCUGACAUCAGUUGUAGCAACAUCGAACAUAUUUGGCAGCUUAUUUGGCGGCUCGGCUUCUACCGCGGUGGUCCGGUCUUCAUGUCUGCUCUAUCUGGAAUUGACAUUGCCCUCUGGGACCUGAAGGCGCGAAGGUUGAAUGUUCCUCUAUACGAACUGAUGGGUGGACUCGUUCGUCAUAAAUGCCAAGUCUACUGCUGGAUUGGAGGCGAUAGGCCCUCCGACGUCAAAGCCGCAGCAGAGACUCGUAAGGCACAAGGGCUGACUUGCGUGAAGAUGAACGCAACGGAAGAUGUCAAUUGGCUUGACAUGCCGGCCGUUCUGGACUCCACUGUUGAAAGACUCAAGAUCGUCAAAGACCUUGGCCUUAACGCUGGUCUUGAUUUCCAUGGUCGACUGCAUAAGCCGAUGGCGAAGCAAUUGGCCAAGGCCCUCGAAGCUCAUCGCCCGCUGUUCAUUGAGGAGCCGAUCCUCGUCGAACAUCCCGAAGCUCUCAAACAACUAGCCGGCAUGACCUCCAUCCCAAUAGCCCUAGGCGAGCGCCUCUACCACCGGUGGGACGCCAAGCGUUUCCUCGAAGAAGGCCUAAUCGACAUUCUACAGCCGGACAUCGCCCACGCAGGCGGCAUUUCCGAAACCCGGCGUCUCGCAAACAUGGCAGAAGCCUACGAUGUAGCAAUCGCUCCUCAUUGUCCUCUCGGCCCAAUUGCAUUCGCUGCAUGUCUGCACGUUGGACUCUCGACUCCAAACUUUGUGAUCCUGGAAAUGUCUCUGGGUAUGCAUUAUAAUACUGAAGCGGGGGAGAUCGAUCUGAAUACCUAUCUGAAGGAUCAGAGUGUGUUCAAGAUUCAGGAGGGAUAUGUGCAUGCUCCCACCGGAUCAGGCCUAGGGAUAGAGAUUGAUGAAGACAUGGUUCGGAAGAUUUCGAAGGAGAGCGAACCCUGGGCUCCGAAGGAAUUCUUUGGACCUGAUGGGAGUAUCAGAGAGUGGUAG